AACAGCAAAGCCUUCUUCCAAAAACAAAACAAAAAAGCACCAAGAGUUCCUUUUUGUUUCCCUACCGAUUUGUCGAAGGACAAAACAAAAGGAAAAAAAAAACCUUCUGCGACUGGUUCUGUCCCUCCGUUCGAUUCUCUGAUUCGCUUCCGAAGCGAAUCAGAGAAUCGCAAUUCACUACUUUGUGAUUACUUGUUCUUCACGGAAUCGGAAACGAAUCAGAGAAUCGCAAUUCACUACUUUGUGAUUACUUGUUCUUCACGGAAGCUUGUGAACAACUCGCAGAAAAUGGGUGUCUCUCAAACCGACGGGAGGAUGGAAGGAUGGCUUUAUACCAUCCGACAGAACCGAUUCGGACUCCAAUUCUCCAGAAAACGAUACUUUGUUCUUCGUGACAACAACCUCACGAGCUAUAAAUCCGUUCCCUCUGCCGACAACGAGGAGCCGGACAGAAGAGCAUCUCUGGACUCCUGCAUUCGGGUUAACGACAAUGGAAGAGAGAGCUUCCACAGAAAAAUUCUUUUCAUAUUUACGCUUUACAACACCUCGAAUCACUCCGAUCAGCUAAAGUUAGGGGCAAGUAGUCCAGAAGAAGCGGCGAAAUGGAUACGGUCAUUGCAGGAUGCCUCGUUAAAGGGUUCUCCGUUUCCAGAUUGCGAUUUCGUGUCUCACUCAGAGAGAGGCCUCGUGAGACUUGAUGUGUCGAAGAGGUCACGCCGUAAAAACUCUGUAGAUUGGACGAAUUACACAUCCACGAACACGAAUUACUCAUCUGUGAACCCCGAAGUAACGGCCCCUGAUGUCAUCGCACCUUCGCCCUGGAAAAUCUUUGGAUGCCAAAAUGGUUUACGACUUUUCAAAGAAGCUAAGGACUGGGAUUCCCGCGGAAGGCAUUGGGAUGAUCACGCAGCAAUAAUGGCGGUCGGAGUCAUCGACGGUACCUCAGAGGAAAUAUUCAAUACCUUAAUGUCUCUCGGCCCCUUGAGAUCGGAAUGGGACUUCUGUUUCUACAGAGGCAGCGUGGUGGAACAUCUCGACGGUCACACGGAUAUAAUCUAUCAACAAUUAUACAGUGAUUGGCUUCCCUGGGGUAUGAAACCGAGAGAUUUGCUGCUGAGACGAUAUUGGAGACGAGAAGACGAUGGAACAUAUGUUAUACUUUGCCACUCGGUAUAUCACAAGAAAUGCCCUCCGGGAAAAGGAUAUGUCCGGGCUUGCGUCAAAAGCGGCGGGUACGUGGUUACUCCGAUGAACAACGGGACACAAUCUAUGGUGAAGCAUAUGAUUGCAAUAGAUUGGAGAUCGUGGAAUUUGUACAUGAGACCAUCUUCAGCAAGAUCCAUAACCAUCCGUAUGGUUGAGAGAGUUGCAGCUCUAAGGGAGAUGUUCCGGGCAAAGCAUGGACAAUUCUUCUCCAAUUUGUCAUCCGGGGACUUCAUGACGACAAAAACCUUGUCCAAGAACAAGACGAGAGCCGUUUCGUUCGAGGGCAACAAACUCGACGAGGUUGUGAAGUCCGAGGUUACCAUAAUGGCGGGAGAAGAAGCCGAGAAAACCUCGUCGCCCCGUCCGAGUUUUAUGGAACUGAAUGAUAUGUCUGAUGAGUUCUUCGAUGUCCUGGAACCACACGAAUCAUCAGGGUUCGAUAGUUUCAUCCGUGACACCAGUCCACAAGGACCUCAGCUCAAGUUACCAUCAGCAGCUGGUCUGGUCAAGAAACUGCAGGAUUUAGCAGUUCAAAAGAAAGGCUACGUGGACUUGCAAGAAGUGGCUAUGGAGGAAAACGUGACGUAUUUAUACGGCGCGACGCUUCAGAAAGACCCGAGUUUCUCCGCGCCUUGCAGCUGGGCGACUGCCGAUCCAUCGACGUUUCUGAUACGUGGAAGCAACUACCUGAAAGACCAUCAAAAGGAGAAGGCGAAAGGAACGAUGAUGCAAAUGAUGGGAGCGGAUUGGAUUAGUUCGGAUAAGCGAGAAGACGAUCUCGGUGGACGUUUAGGGGGUAUAGUUCAGGACUUUGCAGCGGAAGGCAGGCCCGAGUUUUUCUUCAUCGUGAACAUUCAGGUCCCGGGUUCGGCAAUGUACACUCUAGCAAUGUACUAUAUGCUGAACACACCUCUGGAAGAGAAUCCGUUGUUACACGGCUUCGUCAAUGGCGACGAUGCUUAUCGAAACUCGAGGUUUAAGCUCAUACCUCAUAUCUCCAAGGGGUCAUGGAUCGUGAAGCAGAGUGUCGGGAAGAAGGCGUGCUUGCUCGGCCAGGCGCUGGAAACUCGUUACGUCCGCGGCAAGAACUACUUGGAGCUUGACAUCGAUGUCGGGUCUUCGACUGUUGCAAGAGGAGUAACCAAUCUUGUUCUUGGGUAUCUCAACAACUUGGUCAUAGAAAUGGCGUUUUUGAUUCAGGCUAACACGGAGGAGGAGUUGCCUGAAGUUCUUCUUGGGACGUGUCGGCUCAAUUAUUUGGACGUAUCCAAAUCGGUCCGAGAAAGAUAAAAUGGGCAUAAAAUAUCAUUCAUUAAUCUAUUAAUACAAAUCAGACGAGAAAUCAACCUCGAGACAAAGAAACGAACUCUUUUGGAGCGAUGUAUUUUUGGUAUAUAAUAUAAGUAUAUACUUAUUGCUUUUGUUUUUUUAUAAAGAACUUAUUGCUUAUUGCUUUUGUUCCAUAUA